AUGGUAUAUCUGCUCUCACCGGCUCAACAGAAAAUGAUUUCGGAAGAGCGGAAAGCUCGAAUUGACGCGGAAAGAAGCCGUAAGAAUAUGGAGCGGGUUCGUCGUCAGCAAAUGAUGGCAGGGUCUUUUGAUGCGCAUCAUGGGCAGUCUGGUAAGAAAAACUAUACAAUUACGAAGAACGAUCAAGCCGCCCAGUUUGGAAAUCUCACUCAGGGUAAAAACGAGGAGCGUGCUAGUAAGGAGCAACAGGAAGAGGCGAAACGUGCGUUCUUAGCGGCUGUGUGCCGUCCGGUUGAUGUUUCUCAUCUUCUUCCGAACGAUUUGAAAGAGCGAAUCAAAGGUCUACAUGCUCGCAUCGUCAAAUUGGAAAGUGAAAAGUACGAUCUAGAGAAGCGUCUUGAGAGACAGCAGUACGAUAUAAGGGAGCUGCAUGAACGACAGCUACAGGUUGCUCGCAAUAAAGCCAUACAGAAGGGCCUUGACCCUGACGAAGCUGUCUCAUCUAAGCAUCCGCCAAAAAUCACCACUGCUUCAAAAUUCGACCGUCAGACGGACAGAAGAUCUUAUGGUGACCGUCGUCACAUGUUUGAGCAUCCGGUUAUUCAAAAACCUUUCACACUUGCUCGCGGAACAGCUCGUCCUCCAAGCGAAUGGGGUCGUAAGGAGAAUGAGGAACUUGAGGCACUUCGCAGAAAUCUUGAGCCACCAAAGUACGUGGAGCUAGCCCCCGUCGAAGGUGAUCUGGCAAAACCACCGGUCGCUCCAAGACCUUUGGUGCUUCCGGAACAAGAAUUUGUCGAAGAAGCAAUGCAACCUGCGGAUUCAAUGGAGCAAGCACAGGUAUGCUCGGAGACACAGCACCUCCUCACGUCUGUGCUUUUGGACAAUGUAUGUAUAUCACAGGAGUGUAUCGCAGAAGAAGUGCAACCGGACACAGCAACUUCCGCAAAGGAAGAAGUAGGCGCUUCAGCGGAGAAAGCUGCUGCUUAA